AUGGUUCACAACAAUCGCAGUUCACAACGAUAAGUAACGUCAUGUUGGCGGUAAAAAUUUUCUUAGCUUUGCUACCGCUUUUGGGGCUGGCCCAGGCCGGAUCCCAGGUACCCCAAUUGGAGCACCUGCUGGCGGGUCACUAUGAGGAACUGGCCGAGAGGAAUAUCGCGUCAGAGUCGGUCGCCCAUUUGGUGGAGAGUAUAAUGCAGAAGAUGAAGAACGAGCAGGCAAUGGAAAUAUCGUCGCGCAUCAUUGAUGGAUUCGAUGUGCAGGGUGUGGACAAUGCGCCCUACCUUGUCUCGCUGAGCCUCACCCCGCUGACCUACAGCCAUCAGUGCGCGGGUGCCAUCAUUGGCAAGCGCUGGGUCCUCACGACUGCCCACUGCUGCGAGGAGUGGCGCAGCUUCAAUGGCGAGAUCAUUGGCAACGCCGUCUAUGCGGGCCUCUCCAAUCGGGCCAACGUGAGCGACGCCCAGGUGCGCUACGUGGACUUUGCCUCGACGCAUCGCUCAUUCAACGGCCAAGCCGGCAGCGACAACAUCGCCCUGCUUCACGUCUCCGAAUCAUUUGUGUACUCGGCGCGUGUGCAGCAGAUAGCGCUGCCGGAUCUGGAUGAGGACUACAGCGGCAAGACGGCUACCGCCUACGGCUGGGGACUGACCGAUGUCGACGGUGAUGCAUACUCCAAGGAGCUGCAAUAUGGAUUCUCCGCGCUGCUGAACAGCACGCGCUGCGCGGAGCUGCUGCCCACGGAUGCGCCGCUCUCGCAGAGGCAGGUGUGCGCCCAGGUGCAGGCAUGCUAUGGCGACGGCGGCACUCCCCUGGUCUACUGGCCCAUCGCCGGACCCGCUGAACUGGUGGGCCUGGGCUCCUGGAGCUAUAUGCCCUGCGGCUAUGCCAAUCGGCCGACGGUCUUCACCUCCGUGCCCGCCUACGUGGAUUGGAUCUACCAAGUGAUUAGCGCCUACUACCAGCUCAACUGAGUAGCGACUAGCCAAGCCUUAAGCUAAUGUCUAAUAGCUCUGAUCUUUGCGUAAUACACUUGUCGCCAAUUAAAGCAAACAACAACUAUCUAA